AUGAUAGGGUGGGCAGAUAUUUACAAGGUUGUUGAAGCCAUGGCACCACUCUAUGUGGCAUUAGGUCUAGGUUAUGGUUCUGUAAAAUGGUGGCACAAAUUUAGUGCUGAACAUUGUGAUGCUAUAAAUAGACUGAACUAUUUCUUUGUUCUUCCUUUCUUCACAUUUGACUUCAUCUCCCAAGUAAAUCCCUAUAAAAUGAGCUAUCUCUUCAUUUGUGGUGAUCUUAUUGCUAAAGCCAUCAUAGGUUUUGUUCUUACUUUGUGGGCUAAUUUCUAUAGAAAAGGAAACUUUUCUUGGUCCAUAACAAGUUUCUCCUUUUGUAGUUUAACUAAUGCUCUUGUUAUAGGGAUUCCUGUAUUGCAUGCCAUGAGUCCUCAAGUAGGAGUUGAUCUAGUGAUUCAAUCAUUGGCUAUCCAAUUUCUCAUAUGGUCUAUAAUCAUACAAUUUAUGAUGGAAUUGAGAAAUGCAAAAAAUGAGAUGACUUUUGAUAAUACUAAUCAGGAUUUAGAAGGAAAUAAUACAACAUCUACAGCCACAAAAACACCAACUUUGGGGUCAGUCAUGAAGGUUGUAUGGACUAAGCUCUCCAAGAACCCUAAUUUUUAUGCUUGUUUUCUGGGCAUAAUGUGGUCUCUUGUAGCUAACAGUACAAAUUAUAAUUAUAUAUCACAUUCGAAGGAAUGCAUAUCAAUAAUGUCAAAGGCAGGAAGUGGCAUUGGAAUGUUUACUAUUGGUGUAUUUGUGGCAAUGCAAGAGAAAAUAAUGGCCGGAGGAACACGUGUCGUAAUGUUUGGACUAUUAUUGAGGUUUGUUGUAGGACCAGCUACAAUGACCGUUGGAUCCUUCGUCGUAGGUUUACAUGGUAAUGUUUUACGAGCCGCCAUUCUCCAGGCAGCAUUACCCCCAGGAAUUGCGUCCUUUGUUUUGGCAAAAGAAUAUGGAGUGCACCCUGAGAUUGUUAGCGCUGUGGUAAUCAUCGGCAUUCUGGUCUCACUUCCCAUUAUGAUCGCUUAUUAUGCAAUUUCAGAGCUUACACAUUGAAAACUUUUGAGUUUCCAACCUUCGUGGACUCAAUAAUCUUGUUGCAGUUUUCUUCUUUUUUUCUUUUUUCUUUUUUCCUUUUUCUUUUUUGCAAGUUGUCGACCUUUAAUCCCCCACCUCAUCCCUUUAUUUUAUUUUUUUGUCAGAAAAUUGACAAUUAAUAGAGCAAUUAAAACUUGUCUGAUCUAUG